AUGAGAGGCGCCAGGCUGAUGGGGGCACUGCUCGCCCUGGCUGGCCUGCUGCAGGUGGCCCUGUCCCUGAAAAUAGCAGCCUUCAACAUCCGAACUUUUGGGGAGACCAAGAUGUCCAACGCCACGCUCUCCCACUACAUUGUGCAGAUCCUGAGUCGCUACGACAUUGCUGUCAUCCAGGAGGUCAGAGACAGCCACCUGACAGCCGUGGUGAUGCUGCUGGACAUACUCAAUCAGGAUGACCCCAACACCUAUCAGUUCCUGGUCAGUAAGCCGGUGGGCCGCAACAGCUACAAGGAACAGUACCUCUUCUUGUUCAGACCCAACCAGGUGUCUGUACUGGACAGCUACCAAUAUGACGACGGCUGCGAGCCCUGCGGGAAUGACACUUUCAGCCGCGAGCCCACCAUCGUCCUGUUCCACUCCCCGCUCACCGCGGUCCAGGCCUUCGCCAUUAUUCCCUUGCAUGCGGCCCCCCUGGAGGCCGUGGCGGAGAUGGACUCGCUCUAUGAUGUCUACCUGGAUGUCCGGCAGAAGUGGGACCUGGAGGACAUCAUGCUCAUGGGCGACUUCAACGCUGGCUGCAGCUACAUAGCCCCCUCCCAGUGGGCCUCCAUCCGCCUGCGCAUGAACCCGGCCUUCCAGUGGCUGAUUCCUGAUACCGCAGACACCACGGCCACCGCCACGCACUGUGCCUACGACAGGAUCGUGGUGGCAGGGACGCUGCUCCAGCACGCCAUCGUUCCGGACUCGGCCACCCCCUUUGACUUCCAGGCUGCCUACGGCCUGAGCAGCGAGCUGGCCCAGGCCAUCAGCGACCAUUACCCGGUGGAGGUGAUGCUAAAGACAGUUUGA